UAUCCGCGUGUGCUGGUUCCUGAAAUAAUUAUUGCGAGUCAUUAUUGGUUAUGCUAAAAGCAAUGACGGGAUACGUGGCAGUCCCUCUAAUAGGCCCAUCCAACUUUCCAUCGUAGCAAAAGCACAGCCAUUGGUGGACAGAAACAUGAUAUUCACAUAGGUUGCAGCCCUGUGGCUUUUAGAUAGUCAUAAAUAAAAACCCUAUAAAAGGCUGAGAGUUGAAGGAUUGACGCUCUUGGCUUUGUGUUGUAAAUAUUGAGGUGAGCUACAAUGCUGCUGACGGCGGACCUACUACUUAUUUACCUUCUGGCAGUCAGUGGAGGGAAGCCUGUGUGUCAAACAUACGGGACAAAAGAACAGUCUAAAUUUUCUAUGGAAGGAGACAUCAACAUUGGAGGCAUUUUCUCCUUCCAUCAGAAUCCUGUCAUUGUCAAUCCAGCUCAUCAGGUCAACCCAGGAACCAUCCAGUGUGAAGGACUGGACGCAGGAGAGCUUCAAUAUGCCUUCACUAUGAUAUUUGCCAUAAGGGAGAUCAACAACAGCUCAGAUCUGCUGCCAGGAGUGACACUGGGUUACCGGAUCUUUGACUCCUGCCCGAGUGUCCCUGUGUCCAUCAGGGCAUCACUGAACCUGAUGAAUAGGUAUGAGAGUGGGGAAGGCAGUUGCAGCAAACUCUCAAACGUGCAUGCUGUCAUAGGAGAAACCACAUCAACUUCGACAAUAGGUAUUGCCCGCACCCUGGGCCCCUUCAAUAUACCCGUGAUCAGCCAUUCAGCCACGUGUGCAUGUCUUAGCAACAGAAGAGACUAUCCCUCUUUCUUCAGAACCAUACCUAGUGACAUCCACCAGAGCAAAGCCCUAGCAAAGCUUAUGAAACACUUUGGCUGGACCUGGGUAGGGGCUAUCAGAACCAACAGUGACUAUGGGAAUGGUGGCAUGGCCACUUUCCUGCAAGCAGCAGAAAGGGAAGGUGUGUGUGUUGAGUACUCACUGGCUAUUUACAGGACUGAUCCUAGGAAGUGGUUCCUAAAAGUGGUGGACAUUAUUAAGGAAUCCACCUCUAAGGUAAUAGUGGCAUUUGCUGAUGGCACAGACCUUGACAUUCUGAUUAAAGAGCUUCAUGCUCAGAAUGUGACAGGCCUCCAGUGGGUGGGCAGUGAGGGUUGGAUCACUUACCGCUAUAUUGCCUCUCCAGUGAACUAUGCUGUGGUACAGGGGGCGGUGGGCUUUUCAGCAUUAAAUGCUCACAUCCCCGGACUGCAGGAGUUCCUCGCAGACAGCAAACCGUCCACUACAAAGGGAGACCACGGACUGGUGGAGUUGUGGGAAACGGUGUUCGGCUGCACACUGACUCCCCAAGAAGCGACCCGAGAUCAGGGCUCGGUCGCCGGCUGCACUGGCGAGGAGUCUCUGUGGGACACAGACACACGCUUUACAGAUGUGGCAGAUGCAAGUUUGCUGAACAACGUUUACAAGGCCACGUACGCUGUCGCUCAAGCUUUGCACAUGUUGUUUACCUGCAAAGACGGACAGGGGCCUUUUGAGAACAACACUUGUGCUGAUUGGGAAAGUGCCCAACCAUGGCAGGUUCUGCAUUACCUAACGCUGGUCAAUUUCACCACUAAAAUUGGUGAAAGGGUCUUCUUUGAUGAGUUGGGCGACCCUGUGGCAAGUUAUGCACUGGUAAACUGGCAGAUGGAUGAGACAAAUGGCAUCGUCUUUAAAACCAUUGGGUUUUAUGAUGCCUCACAGCCUGAGGGGCGGCAGUUUAAGAUGAAAACAGAUGUGGGACCUAUCUGGGCAGGUGGGAAACUUGAAGUACCAAGGUCUGUUUGCAGUGAGAGUUGUUUACCGGGCACCCGCCGGGCGUUUGUCAAGGGCAAGCCUAUCUGCUGCUUCGAUUGCAUCACCUGUGCUGACGGGGAGUUCAGCAACACUACAAAUGCAGUGAAAUGUGACAAAUGCCUCCCCGAGUACAAGUCCAGCAAGGAGAGGAAUAACUGUCACUUGAAAUUGAUUGAGUUCAUCACCUACAGGGAAUUGAUGGGUAUACUGUUGGUCACCUUUUCUGUCAUUGGUGCCUGGCUGACAAUGACUGUAGCCCUGAUAUUUUUUCACUACAGACACACUCCUAUCGUCAGGGCCAACAACUCUGAGCUGAGCUUUCUGCUGCUCUUCUCCUUGACUCUGUGUUUCCUGUGUUCUCUGACCUUCAUAGGACGGCCCACACAGUGGUCCUGCAUGCUGCGACACACAGCAUUCGGCAUCACUUUUGUCCUCUGUAUCUCUUGUGUUCUGGGGAAAACUCUAGUGGUGUUAAUGGCCUUCAGGGCCACACUGCCAGGGAGUAACGUGAUGAAAUGGUUUGGGCCUGCACAGCAGAGACUCAGUGUUUUGUGUUUAACUUUCAUUCAGGUUGUAAUUUGUAUUCUUUGGCUGACGAUCAACCCUCCUUUCCCCUACAAAAACAUGAACUACUAUAAAGGAAAGAUUAUUCUUGAGUGUGCAUUGGGAUCCCCUGUGGCGUUCUGGGCUGUGUUAGGAUACAUUGGGCUUUUAGCCAUGUUGUGUUUUGUUCUUGCUUUUUUGGCUAGAAAGUUACCUGAUAAUUUCAAUGAAGCGAAAUUCAUCACCUUCAGCAUGUUGAUAUUCUGGGCAGUCUGGAUUGCAUUCAUCCCAGCGUAUGUCAGCUCUCCGGGGAAGUUCACAGUGGCUGUGGAGAUAUUUGCUAUUCUGGCUUCAAGUUAUGGGAUGCUGUUUUGUGUAUUUUUGCCGAAGUGCUAUAUCAUUUUAUUAAAGCCUGAGAACAAUACAAAGACGAAUUUGUUGAAUAGAGCGACCCGAAUAGCCUUUUGAUUUAUAUGUUAAAUCUUAGCUGGAGAUUUACUUUUUUUCCUGCCACUAAUUCUUUUUACUAUUAUACUGUUAUACUCAUACUAUACUAACUUAUUAACUCCCUAAUUUAAAUGAAAAUCAAUGUAUGGAUACCCAAAAAUAUACUUUGAUGGUGUACAAAAAAAAUUAAUAAUAAAAAAUGUGUCAAUGUGACAAUGGUCUAUCAAGUAAUGUGCUCAGAAAAUAAUAAUUUAAUUUUGCAACCUUUUCAACUGUUAACUGUACCGUAAAUGUGUUCCAAAAAUAAAGAUUGAACCUCCAUGUUCAACUUGUAAAUGAACAUCAAUAAUCUAAACAAAUAAUUGUGUA